AUGACAAAAGUGGAUCCACGGACGCCUCCCGCGGCACCCGAGACGUACCCCGUGAUCCUCAAGGAGAUUGACUGCCAAUUCUAUGUCGGCACCUGGGUCGUGCAUGAUGUGCAAGAGUGGCAAGAUCUCAUGACGAAACUCCAGAAACGAUCCCAUGAGGAGUUCGAUCGGAGGAGGCAGUUCUAUUUCAAGUGGUUCCAGAAGCUCUAUCCGGACGCUAUGCCCGAGUCGCGGUGGCAGGACUUGGUUAUGUACCACGUCGAGCCGUACUUCGAAGGAAGGGAGCAUCAAAUCGAAAUUGUUUUUGACGAGAGCCACGGCGAGCACACGUUGAUCGCCGACACCGGAGACUUGAUCAAGCACGAGGAGGUCCUGACAAUGUUCGUGACACCAGGCUCCUUCGAGGUGCCAAAGGAGUGGACCCAUGCGAUCACCAAGAAGCUCCAUGAACUGGGCUACAAGAACCAGGCGAUCGACCUGGAGUUCAUCUUCACGAAGGACGGACCGCAGCUGGUUGAGAUCAACAGCCGCUACAGCUACAUGGGGUAUUGGUCCUGGUACACGCAAAUGUCGCAGAAGUCCACGCUGAUGCAUCAGCCCGAUGUGCGGAACCUUGAGAACCGAACUUGCUCAUGCCUCGGCAUGAAGGUCCCGAAGUUCCCUUCGGAUAUGAACAUUGUCUCCAAGUUGGCAGUGGCCGUGUACACCAACAAGACCGGGAAGUUGGACACGAUUGUCAACACAGCGUUUUUGGACAAGUUCCUGGAGGAUGGACCUCCCCAGUCAGAGAUGAGCUCGCCUCCAAGCAAAGCACCACUGCCUAGGGCGAGCUUUAGCAGCAUCGGGGCCGCAAGCCCCAAAACCUGA